AUGAUUGCCACUUUGCCUUCGAGAGACCCUCUUGCUAUCCUACCCCCGGAGAUUGUGUUGCAGAUCCUGGACUUUGCUCCUAUCUCUGCGCUAGCGUCCUUGACAUCCGUGUCUCGGGCGUGGCACCAAUUUAUCGACGUCACCCACCAAGAAGCCAUCUAUUCCUCCGAGACCAAGACAACGCAACCCUCCAGAGGUGCCGGUGACCUUUCAGCCGUACCGGACCCCCUCAGCUUCUGUAAGCUUUUCGAGAACACAACAUCAUGGAAAGACCUUUGCAAACGCCAAACGCUACUAGCCCACAAUUGGGCUAAGCAGCGUCCAGUUACUCGGGAAUCGGUUUUGCAGGUCGGUAACGAUCCUGUUUGGCGCUUCCGCGCCGACUUCAAGCGCCGGUUUUUCAUCUCCACGUCACAUGCCGGUGGCUUGAAUGUCACUGAUAUGGAUACCGGCCACAUCCUAUGGCGACUUCCCUCCACGCUGGUUCGUGAGGAGGAUGCGGUUCGUCCGUAUGCUCAUCUAGAAUACCAAGAUGGAAUGGCUGUAUUUGAUCGCGAAGGAGACGCCGUGGAAGUCUGGCAGGCUGGUCUGGAAGACACAGCCCGUGGAGAGUUUCGACGCAUCGCAAUCUUAAACCACGAUUGCCAGACGAGAGGCUUUCAGUUGUCUUACUGGACACUUUGUGUUGUCUCAAAUGAAGGACAGGGCUUCGUGUACGAUAUGGCUGAGCGACCACCCAGAUUAACCACUCAUAUCACCAUUGAGCAUGGCGCCGUUGGUCAUUUAGAUCAAAGUGAGCAUGUUGUGAUUUAUUCGCUCGGGGUUCAUGGCUAUCAUAUCCACGACAAAAAGUCGGGUGAACUUUUGGGCGUGUUACAUCCAUCGCGUGCUUCCGAAAAGUACCACAUUCGGCCCCCUGCAACCCCAUCUCUUUCUGCGAGUGCGGCCUUGGCAGGAACUGCACGGCAUGGCCUGACACGCCAAUACCUCCCAUUUGAGGCCCCUCGUACGAAUUGCUUAACACCUAUUGAACUUGCGAACGGUCCGCUGCCGCUCCCGAGUGAACCUGACCAUGUCUAUCAUCGAGAAGAUGAAUGGGGCGCUGGCAUGCUCCACGGCGACCUAUUUGUCGGUUUCUCCCGUGCGGGUCGGGUACUUGUGUGCUCCAACUGGCGAAAAGCUCUCCAGGACCAAGCCAGCUUCGCCAAGAACAGUGCCCUCCUUGAAUGCGAGUCGGAUGGGUCAGGUUUUGACCUGGGCGGUUGGCUGUCGGUGCGCAACCACCGCGUGAUGUUCGAGAUACAGGACCAAAUUUACGUUAUCGCACUGGAUGACCACGACAAGAUACAAAACGUCGAUCAACCUACCCGUGCCUCGUACUCACUGCUUACCAGUUCUGCCCCGCAGCUGGCUAUGCCAGUCAGUUUCAUGGCACUUUACGAUGAUGCGAUCAUGACCACCUACACUACCCUCGGCCGGCGUCAACCCCUCGGUAACGUCCCAGGCCGUGCUCCGCUUCCGCAACAUGAAAACCUCGGCCGAAUUUUCCCUACCAAGGCAAUCCGUAUUGUCACUCUGGCCCCUGAUCUUUCUAAAGGCAGAUGUUUCAUAGCUUCCGAAACCGACACCCCCGAAGAGUCGACUCGAACAACUUCCAAUCAAUCAGGCCCUCUAGUCGAAGAGAUUUGGCACUCGCAGGCAGGAUUACUACAGUUGGUUAGUAUGCUUGGCGAUGAAUUUGGAGGAGAGGAUGAUGAUGACGAUCAUGAAGUUGGUGUCUUUGCUGCAAAUUUUCAUGAUGAUGACAUAGACAACGAGUGGGAAGACGUGGAUCAGAACGACACCGCAUGA